GGGAUUUCAAAUGUGAGGUUUGUUUGAAGACAUUUACCACAGGCUCUGAAAUUAAAAGACAUUAUAAGAUCCAUACUGGAGAGAAAACUUUGAAAUGUGCUAUUUGUUUGAAGACUUUUAGCAAAAAAGAUUCCCUUGCAAAACAUUCUAAGAUCCAUACUGGUGAGAGGGAUUUCAAGUGUGAUGUUUGUUUGAAGACAUUUAUCACAGCAUCUCAUCUCAACGAACAUUGUAAAAUCCAUACUGGAGAAAGAAUUUUCAAAUGUACAGUUUGUUUGAAGACAUUUAUCAGAGCAUUUCACCUGACCAGACAUUUUAAAAUUCAUACUGGAGAGAGAAAUUUCAAAUGUGAUGUAUGUUUGAAAACAUUUAUUAGAGCCUCUGAGCUGAAGCGACAUUGUAAAAUUCAUACUGGGGAGAGAAAUUUCAAAUGUGAUGUAUGUUUGAAGACAUUUAUCAGAGCCUCUGAACUGAACCGACAUUGUAAAAUCCAUACCGGGGAGAGAAAUUUCAAAUGUGAUGUUUGUUUGAAGACAUUUAUUAUAGCCUCUGAACUGAACCGACAUUGUAAAAUUCAUUCUGGGGAGAGAAAUUUCAAAUGUAAUGUAUGUUUGAAGACAUAUAGCCGAAAAUCUUCCCUUGUGUGCCAUUCUAAAAUCCACACUGAAGAGAUAAAUAAAUGAUAAAUAUGAUGUUCUUCAAAAACAUGUGAAAUGAAAAAACAUUGUAUAAUAUAUGCGGUGCAAUCUAAUAUCUAUACUGUGGUGAAAAAUCCAAAUGUGAUAUUUGUUUGAAGACAUUUGGCUGGACAUGCAGAAAUUUGAUCACUCAUGAGAUUCUAAGAUCCACACUGGGAGAGGAAUUUCAAACGUGAUUGUUGUUUGAAGACAUUUAUUUAAAUCGACUUGUAAAAUCCCUUCUGGAGAGUAUUCCAAAUCUGUUUUUGUUUUGUGAAAAGACAUUUAACACAGCCUCUCAAAUGAAUAGACAUUGUAAAAUUCAUAUUGGAGAGAGACAUUUUAAAUGCAACUGGUAGCCCACAUAUUUUCAAAUUUUUUUUGCUGUUCCUUCACAACAUUUGUGCCUACUACAUGUAGCUCAAAAUUGCAGAAAAACAACUGCGGGAUUGUAGACAGGAUAGCUGGGAACGAGUUGCUCUGUUGUCUUUAAUUGAUUAUAAUAUGCACGCAAUAGAUACAACAAACUGGCCAAUUGGUGUAGCAUAUAUAUGGUGUAAUCUCGUAUGGUGUAAUAUAUGUAUUAUAUGUGAGGUGUAAAAAUACAGAAAUACAGAACGUGUUCAUAACAUCAAAACAUGUGUAUUCUUCUUGAAGUAGCAAAAUCUACAAUGUAUAUACUUUAUUAUCAUAUUUUGCCAGUCCUUGUAUGAUUCAUCCUUAUCGGAC